GGGGGAUGCACGCGGUUCUGUUUUGUGCCAGAGGCGGUGGUACUGCUGCACUGUGGACUAAUACCCUGGAUGUAAUCCAGCUGCACUGCGUCCAAUUAAAGCACCACGUAAAGCUUUGAACACUGGGCUGUUACUGCUCCGGUAACUCAGUUCUCGCAACGAUUUCUGAGCUCUGGGCAAAAGUGUAUCUGCUGUGAAAUGUUAAUAAAGUGAUGAUAGUGUUGCCAUUUAAUCUCGUCACACUGACUUGCAAAACAUUCAAUUAGCUAUUUAAAUAUUUUAAAGCUUCUAUUUUUUCCCCAAACCCCACAAAAACAUUUCAUUACCAAACUCCAGAUUUCAACGUGACGCUUAUGACAUCAGCAUUACCACCAGCCACGUAAUCGUGCGUCGCACUUCUAUUUUUACACUAAAAAGCUAUUUUUGAACGAGUGCACCAGCGUGCUUCAGACGCUGGCAGUAAAAGACAAUAGACUGUAAGUGCUCAAACACAGCGCCUGCUUUAAGCACUUUUUGUCCUUAAAAAAAGCCGUCCAUCAUGUCAGUGCGCAAUUGCGCAGCAGGAACCCCCGAUGUGUGAGACCAGUGACCUGACCACUGAAAAAACUACCGCAGCGCCGCAAGAGAACCAGCCUCCUACUGUGACCCCAUUCCAGUAAAGAAGACUUCUAAAUUCCCCCACAGUAACAAGGUGAGCGGUCUCUGUGCGAAUUUCCCACAACCCCAUCUUCGACGCUGCUGGAAGAGUAGCUUCGUGUAAUGAAGACGUUCGUAUACCGGUGAGGGUAAGCAGCAUGUUCAUCUGUUGGACUCAUAUACGUUGUGUCCACAACUCACGAUGACAGCUCGCAUCAGGACUAUGGAUGCACUUUUCAAAAGUCUGGGUUUCUGAGAGGAAGCAUGAUGGACGCAGCGGACAUAGUUGCCUCUGUGCUGGUUUUGGGGAUUAUUGUCGUGUCGCUGCUGUCCAACGUUGUGGUGCUGAUCUGCUUUAUGUACAAUCCGGAGAUCCGCAAACAGGUACCCGGCCUUUUUAUUCUCAAUUUGACGUUUUGCAACCUGUUGCUGAGCGUGUCCAACAUGCCACUAACUCUGAUCGGGCUCAUCACCACGGGCCACCCCGGGGGCAGCGGUUUCUGUCAAAUUGUGGGUUUCCUCGACACUUUUCUCACCACAAACUCCAUGUUGACCAUGGCAGCUCUUAGCAUCGAUAGAUGGGUGGCGGUGGUUUUCCCGCUGAGCUACCACUCAAGAAUACGGCACCGGGAUGCAGUGAUAGCCCUAGGAUACACGUGGAUACAUUCACUUUGCUUCUCCACGGUGGCUACCUGCCGUUCCUGGGUCGGCUACAACCACCUUUACGCAUCGUGCACGCUGUGCAGUGUGAGAGCGAAGGGAGCCGGGACGCAGUUCAUCAUUUUCACCGUGGUUUUGCACUCUCUCACUUUCCUUCUCACGCUGAUCGUGCUGUGUGUAACAUAUCUCAAAGUUCUCAAAGUUGCGAGGUUUCACUGUAAACGCAUCGACGUCAUCACUAUGCAGACACUGGUGUUGCUUGUGGAUAUCCACCCCAGUGUACGCCAGAAAUGCUUGGAUGAACAGAAGCGGAGGAGGCAGAGGGCCACCAAAAAAAUCAGUACAUUCAUCGGCACAUUUAUGGUGUGCUUCACGCCUUAUGUCAUUACAAGAAUUGUAGAGCUUUUCAUCCCAGGACCCAUAAACUCUCACUGGGGUGUGCUGUCCAAAUGCUUGGCCUACACCAAGGCAGCAAGCGACCCAUUUGUCUACUCACUGUUGCGUCACCAGUACAGGAAGACCUGCAGCCUUCUGGCAAACAAAGUCCUCAAGAGGAGCACGUUCAACUCCUCCUCACUCAGGAUAGAGAACAAUGCAAGGAGAAGUGACAACUCCUCCAAUGCAACCAACAAUGUCCAACCACCGACCGAAAAACCCCUCGGCCAGUGAAUGUCAACACAGUGACAGCUGAAGUGUUGAUCUUGGAUGCUGACAUUUUCUUCUGAGUUUGAGAUAACAUAAAAAGUGAUAUUAUAAUAUCAAACGUUUCUCAUGUAAUUACUUGUUAAGGGACAAGAUAUUUUGUACUUUUUAUUGUGAACAAAUUCAAUGAAAAGACCAAAACCAGCAAUGUGUUACUCCGCAUCUCCAUACUUUAUUAAUUUGCCACCGUUUCUGACUUAGAUAGCUAAAUGCUCAGAUUGUGCUGCUUUUUUCGCAUCUGUAUUCCUGAAUGCAAAAAUGCAUUGACCGUUAUUGACAGUGACAUCUCUUUAUUUACAGCAGAUACCCAUGUUCGUGAUUACAAGAAGCAUGUCACACAGUGCUACUUACUGUAGAUAUGUUUUUCAAUUAUUAUUUGUUAACUCUCAAUAGAGUAGGUUUAUUGUGGGGAGGUCUAUGUUUGUAGACUUUAAUGGCAUUGAGGAUUUAAUACAAGUGUACAUCUUUUUCUGCAAAGGUCUUGGACCUGUUUUUUGUGAUAUAGCUUUGUAGCAUUCUGGUAAAUUUGUGUGAAAUACCUAGACUGCUGUGGCAUGGUAAUCUAGUGACUGUUUCAAAGGCACAAACUGCAGCGCACGUGAACAAGACUGCCGCCCCAUCUCCAAAAUGCAGAACGAAGGAACAGAAGUAUCUGAUUACCUCAAAUCGAUGUAUUUAUAAGUUAUAUUGUUUGGAAAAAGAUGCUCAAAGUGUUGUGUUCCACCUAAAGCGAAUGGCUGCAUGUCUUGACUGAAAUUCAAGCAUAACCUCUGACCUCACUCAUGAUGAAGAAAGCUGGAUUAAAUACUUCAUGUGUUCAUGGAAUCAUUUAAAGCAGAUGAUAUUUUAAAGUUGUGUUGCACCACACUGAUAGUUUUAUUGAAAAUACUGUACAGUAUAACUGUGAGGCCUGACUUCUAAAGUGCCUAUGAAGUCUCUGAUUGAAUCACAACUCAACAGAGGGAACACUUUUCUCAAUGGUUGUGUUAUGGUAAAGUGUGUGAUUUUAAUCCUGUUAAGUAGUCCGUUUUGUAAGUAACGUUUAUUUUGUAAUACAACCUCGUUAUUUGGUUGCGUAAGGCAGCACAAGGUGAAAUGUUAUUGAAUGUGGUAGCAGCUAUUCAGUAAUGUGUAAUUAACAUUUGAGCUCAUGUCAUAUGAGUGGCUGUGCGAUAUCUGUGUUGUAAGACAACACUGACUAAUCAGGAUGUUGUGUUUUUACUUUACUGUGACAGUAUGAAGCCUUUAAAAGGCAAAAAAAAAAUCUAUUUAUUUUUGUCAAAACUGUGUCUGAAUUUUGCUAAUACGUUUGUGAUGAUAUUACAAUAAAUGCUGUGCAUUUUGACAUUUGAAACUGUGCCAAGCUGUCUUCUUAAACAUUUAUCAUCUGUAUUUUUAUUGAGAUGAUGCAUAGAGAAUUCAGCAAAUCUGAUCUUGAACAAUGCUUUACUAUAGCACCAAUCUUCCAACACCUUUAUUCUCCCACGAUGAUUAAGUCAUGGAGAAAUAAUAAUUAACCUGAAAAAUCAUUUAAGGGUCCCUCCCACUACUGCUGCUGUUGAUGUGGCAGCAGAACAAAGACUUUAUACAAAAGCAUCAGGAUUGAAAGUUAAAGGCUUUCUUAAUUGCAGAGCUUCUAGAAGGAGUGGGAAAAGAAUAAAAGAAGCCACGAAAAAGGAUGGAGGUAGGCAUUAUCUCGCGAAAUGCUGUGGCAGUUUUCAAAGGUCCUUGCCAUCUGUGUCAUCUAUCCUACUUAAAUCCAAUGCAAAGCAAAUUGAAUCAAAAAAUUUGAAACAAUCAUGUCUUGUCAUAAGACAAAACUGCCUCCAGUAAAUUGAAUUAUUCACCAAAAGGGCAAAAGAUGAGCUGACCAUAUCACUGUGAAGCACACCAAGCGAGGGCAAUUAGCUGAAAGUAUUCAGUGAGUUUGGAAGGAGCCCCAGUCUGGAGGUGUGUGCAUACCACAUCUCCCUGGGAGAUUUAGUGAGUGGGUAGUGUAGUGGCAGACACAAACCUGCCAUACACGAAAUGCUGUGUACAGACCUAGCGAUUAAGUCACUGUGCGUGGGAAGGACAAGAAAGCAGAGGAGGAAGAAGAAGAACAUGAGUUUGCUGGAUGACUUCAUGCGACCCGAGUGUCAGGGCACGACGAAGGAGUGGCGCUCGCUACAGUUCUCCCACUCCGACAAAGUAAAAGUUGUUCGUGUAAAAAAAACCAUUUAC